UUUUCAGAUUUUGAUUUUGGACGACGAAAAAAUUUGAACUAAAAACCAGAAUAUUGAAGCAGGCGACAGAACAACAAACUAUCUGUCAAACUAUAGCAAUCUAGUGCUCAGAGGAAAACUUGUUCGAAAAGUGACAGGAAAAAAUUGGGCAAACUAGUGUCAGUGUGAAACAUUGCCCAAAGCAGAAAAGAGAAUAAUUGAGAAAAUUAAAGACAUUAGCUUAGCCAUGUCGACGGUGGAAUCCUCCAGUUCGGCGGUGCAGCAGCCGCCUUCCUCGACGCUUCCGCUGCUGGGCGACUCCGUGAUGCAGGCCUCCACUUCCAGCGCCAGCUCCUCCUCCUCGUCCGCUUCUUCGCAGGGCGGCGGGGGGCAGGGUGGCAACAACGUUGUGGGCGUGCCGCUGGACACCCAAAGCAGCGGCGAGCCGCCCUCGAAGAAGCAGUUGCUCGACGGGGCCUCGAGCAGCUCCGGGGGCGGUGGCAGCGGCGGGGGCGGCGCCUCCUCGCUGUCGAGCGCUGCCGCCGCAGCUGGGACGCACGAGAAGCUGGCCUACCGCAUCUCCACGGCGCUGUGCUGCGCCGUCUGCCUGGAUCUGCCCAAAACGGCCAUGUACCAGUGCCAGAUGGGUCACCUGAUGUGCGCCGCCUGCUUUACCCACCUAUUGGCGGAUGGACGCCUACGUGAUCAGAUUGCCACUUGUCCCAACUGUCGCGUGGAAAUAUCAAAGAGCACAGCUUCGCGUAACUUGGCCGUGGAGAAGGCAGCCUCCGAAUUGCCCAGCGAGUGUCAGUUCUGCAACAAAGAAUUCCCAUACAAGUCACUUGAACGCCAUGAACAGCACGAGUGCCAGGAGCGUCCCACGAAAUGCAAAUACCAUCGCAUUGGAUGCCAAUGGCGUGGACCCUUCCAUGAGACUACCGAGCACGAGAGGAACUGCUUGCAUCCGCAAAAGUCUGGCCACGAGGUCAUGUUUGCCCUGGAGGCACACGAUGUCAUGAUCAAGGAGGAGAAGAAGAUGUUUAACACCCUGAUUGACUUGCUGAGCUACGAGAAGAUUAUAUUCAAUGAUCUUCAGAUGAAGCCUUAUCGCACAGACGAGUAUGUGCACAAGCUCUUUUAUGAAACAGCUCGCUUCUCGGCCUUCAACCAGCAAUGGGUGGUUAAGGCGCGCAUUAACAACAGCCAGCGCGAUCCGCAUCAAUCGAAUGAUCGGACCAUUACCUACCAGCUAAUCCUGAAGACCAAGACCAGUACGCCCAUGAGCAUACACUUCUUUGCGCUCAAGGGACCCUUUUCUGAUAUGAAAGUUUCGACCCAGAUAUAUCAGCAUUACUUCACAGAGACGAGUACCGAAAGUGAUUACUAUGUCCUGCCGCUGCCAGACGGCAUUGGCGGCACUGGCUCAAGUGAAUGCAACCGUAUGCUGGCCAACAAAGGCAUUAACUUCCGCCUGCUCAUGUUCUUGCUGAACAAGUAAACACGCGUAAAAAGAUUUUCAAAUUUAGCUUAAGUUUGUUGUUUCAAACUCUUGAAUGUGCAAAAACGAAAAAAAAAGAAAAAACCACCUAGGGUUAGUUAAUAUAUUUUCUAUGAAUAUAUAAAUAAUUUCGCGCCCGGAAGACACCUACAAGAAAUUCCCCCGAGAAACGGAUUCGUCAGAAUAUAUAUAUAUAUUUCAAUCAAGAGUUCAAUCGCGAUUAUACAGACAUAACGCUGUAGGUUGUAACCCAAGUUUGGUGACGAAUAAUGUGUAGAAUUCGCCCACAUUUUGUACAUGAUGAUGAUAUAUAAAGCCAUUGUAUUUGGGGACACUUUUUCAAUAGCUAUG